AUGACGCAGAUCUGCUCCACAUGCAAGAGGCGUGAACCAGGAGUAAUUAGGACGCUCCAAAACUUGCUACAGGAUAUUUAUUCUGGCAACGUUCACAAAAAUGUUGACUUUUACCAUGUUUACAUGAGGAAUAACUCUAAUGGGGAUGAACGACUUGGUAAGGAUCCAGAACGACUUGGUAAGUGUCCAGAACGACUUGUUAAAUGUCCAGAACGACUUGUUAAGUGUCCAAAACGACUUGGUAAGGAUCCAGAACAACUUGGUAAAGAUCCAGAACAACUUGGUAAAGAUCCAGAACAACUUGGUAAGGCCCCAGAACGUCUUAAACUGCAUCUUGGAAUUAAUCUGCCUCUUAUCUCUCCUCCCAGCCACCUGGCCGACAACAACCUGAGCGUAUCGCUGCAGGAACCUAUACGACACUACGAUCAAAUUAUUUAUCUAGACCUGUCAAGGAAUCAUAUCCAGCACCUAGGAAACGGUACCUUCAAAUACCUUCUGCGGCUCCUUAUCCUGAUGCUGAGUGAUAAUAACCUAACAUCGCUGUCUGAGGGGACCUUCCAGGGCCUCCAUAACCUUCGUACUCUGAACCUCAACGGCAACAAGAUUGCUUUCAUCAGUCCCGUCGCCUUCUACGGCCUGAGCGCCCUUCCUACACUAGACUUGAGUCACCAACGUCUGUCCGUCAUAUCUGCGAGAGCCUUCGCAGGGUUACGGAACCUCACUACGUUGAAUCUCUCGCACAACAUGCUGACCGUGCUGGACGAUGCUGUCUUCACCGGACUCAGGAACCUCAAGAAAUUAGAUCUAACCCACAAUGCCAUUGAGACCUUCAGUGACGAGCUGUUUCAUCACAUACCCAGACUUCACCAUUUAGAGACGGACGAGUGGCGUCUGUGUUGUCUCGCCCGCCAUGUGGAUAAGUGCCUGCCGGUAGCCGACGAGUUCUCCUCGUGCGAGGACCUCAUGUCUAACCUGGUGCUGAGGGUGUGCAUCUGGAUCCUCGGCUUCAUAGCGCUGCUCGGCAACUCCUUCGUCAUCAUCUGGAGGAGCGUGUACUCCAGCGGUAAUAAGAUGCACUCGUUCCUCAUCGUGAACUUGGGUGUAGGCGACUUCCUGAUGGGAGUCUACCUGGUGAUCGUAGCGGCAGUAGACCUCCAGUACCGCGGGGUCUACGCUGCCUACGAGCUCUCCUGGAGGACCUCUUCACUCUGCCAGUUGGCUGGAUUCAUUAGCACCUUUUCCUCCGAGCUCUCCGUCUUCACUCUCACAGUCAUCACCGUGGACCGCCUGAUCGUCAUCAAGUUCCCCUUCGGCGUGAGGAGGAAGGAAGGCAGUGUGACCCGGAUGGUGAUGGCAGGGGUGUGGGUGCUGGUGGGGCUCCUGGCUGCCCUCCCACUCACCCGCCUCCAGUACUUCCAUAACUUCUACGGUCGCUCGGGCGUGUGUCUGGCGCUGCACAUCACCAACGAGAAGCCCAGCGGCUGGGAGUACGCUGUCUUCAUUUUCUUAGUUCUGAACUUGCUGUCGUUCGGAGUGAUCGCCGUGAGUUACGUGCUGAUGUACGUGGCUGCCCGGGACACGCACUCUGCGGCACGGGCGGAUACAAAUGUCCGUGGCGGGGACGGUGGAAUGGCCAAGAGGAUGUCCCUGAUUGUGGCCACGGACGCCGCCUGCUGGCUUCCCAUCAUCUUCCUGGGCAUCGCCUCUCUCUGUGGCGUCACCAUCCCUCCCAGGGUGUUCUCCUGGAUAGCGGUGUUUGUGCUGCCGCUGAACGCCGCCAUCAACCCCGUGCUCUACACGCUGUCCACCGCCCCCGUCAGGAAGAGACUGGUGUCCCUCCGACAGAGUGUCGCCAGCAAACACUCGAGGUCAGCGUCGGCAGUGUCAGGUGGCCGCCAGCCGUCGACGUACAAGACCCGCAUAUCGACGGAAGUGACGGACCUGGCCCAUCCCGGUGAUCCAGACGGACGAGUCACACCCAAGUCGUCCGUGUGUGUGUACGCCGCCGCCGCUACCAACCGUCGCUCUUCAGAGGUCCUUCACUACGUCCACCGGUCUCCUGAAGGGACCAAGGACAAGGCCAACAACGACCCUGGUGCCGCGGUGCCGUCGUCUCUCAAUGGAGGUAACGGAAUUCACGUGCUUCUGUGCCAGCAGGAGUCUUCGUCCUCAGAGGCGUUUCAGGAUGAUAAGGACCCCGGAGCGAGGGAACUGGUGCCUCUGGAGGAACUCACUGCUGUCCUUCCCGGCACCAAGAAAUCUUCGAUUAGAAAGCUGAAUCGUAGAAGGAAUCUCUCUGACAACCGCUACGAUUAGCAAAUUCACAAACUAACGGAAUGUCGUCAAAUUCACACUCACUUCAGUUUUCAAUAUCAAACAUUCAUCUAUGUGUAUGUACGUGUCCGUAUUUAAUAAUGUACAUUACGUAUGUGUUUCUGUUGCACUCAUAAUUCCCAAAGAGCAAACUGAGAAAGUGUUUACGUGUUGAUAUAUAUCAACACAACAGCGUGCAUUCAUAAGUGAAAGAACAAAGCAUCACAAGAAACUAUAGAUAACAUGAUUUUUCUGUACCAGUGUUUACAUCAGGCGUGAAGGAUUGUUAUGUAGGAUAUAUAAAUCAAUGAAAGAGUAAAGAAAUCUAACGCUCCAAGAGGAGAUAGAAUUCAACACAAAAUCGUCAAUGAACUUACUAGUCGGUGAACUGUUAACCACUGAAUCUGCUGUUCAUAACAUACCUCUAAACCCAGGAAAGUCUCCCAUUCACUGCAUUUUCUUAAAAUAUUGUGUUAAGCAAUAUGUGGUGUUAAGUGUGUGUGUCUUCUUUGUCUUCGAUUGUGAUACGUGACCAUUUAAUAAUUGUCGUCUCGCAAGAUCAUUCCUGGGGAGUUGUAUCAUUUUCUUCCAGUCAAUUCCCGUAUCACAUAAAUUCCUUUAAGUAGUGGUACAAAAUUACUAUUUGCAAAUCUCGACGUAUGAUCCGAACCUGCUAUAAUAUCUAACACUGUUUGUGUAAGUGGCAUACGAUCCCAAACUACACCUUUUACCUGGAGUUUACCUGGAGAGGGUUUCUGGGAGUUCUUCUACUCCUUGAAUUGUCAUAUGAUUCCAACUUGUAUCUAUAAUAGUCAAAAUAUCUCAACCUACAUCUAUAAUUGUCAUUAAAUCCCAACCUAUAUCUAUAAUUGUUAUAUGAGUCCAAAAUGUUGUCAUUUCCCCAUGAUUACACGACACCGUCGCCAAAAGAUUCCAAUAUUUACACCACAAAAUCACUACCUCUUGCCGUGUCAUGUAAUCACUACUGACAGUCACGUUUAUAGUCAUGUCAAACGAUCACUGCCUGGCUAGUCAUGUCAUAAGACCAUAGGCUACAGUCAUGUCCUAUAAUCUGAAGGUGAUCUCAACCUUCAGAUCUUUAGCGUCAAUCUUACCUGCCAUCAUACAAUAUAUUCAUUUCAGAUAUCGCUCACGAUAGCUGGUGACAGUAAUAUUAUCUUGCACAUAAUUGCAUAUACAACACAUUUAUACACAUUAUGUUGCAUUGCCUUCUUUACUGUUAAUGUAUAUAGCGUAAAUGAAGACGAUGAAGAUAUUAUUUCACGUGAGAACAAUGUAGGUUUUCUUCUUCAAUGAGGAACAUAACUGCUCUAUUAUCGAAUGAGAAUUAUGAAGCUUGUUUCCAUCUUGAAUGAGAACACUGUGAUAGCUCUCAUUCAACCCACUAAUUUGAAAAAAAAAUAAUUGACGACGUUUCGAUCAAGUGGUGUAAUAAGGAUAAAGAACGGACCGAGAUGUCAUCAGAUAUUUUAUUAAUAAAUUGCUACCGGCAAAAUUUUUAUGUUCUUGAAUGAGAACGCUGCAGAGGAUUUAGUUACGAACGAGAAUGCUGAAGCUGUCUUCAAAUUGAAUCAGAAUACUGAAGCUGUCUUCAAAUUGAGUCAGAAUACUGGCAGUUGUCUUAUUCUUAAGAGAACAUCGAAGAGGCAUUAAUCUAUAAUGAGAACAAUCUGUUUAUCUAAUUCUUCGAAUAAGAACAAUGAAUAUGUCGUUGAAUGAGAAAUAGGAAAAUGUCCUCAUUCAAAAUGAGACUAAUGAAUAGCACCACAGUGAUGACAUUCGACACAAAAUUUCACGUACAAUAUUAAUUUUAAAUAUUGUAACCUAAUUUGCAAAAAAAAAAGUUAUGUUGAAAACCAUAUGGAUUAAAAUACUAUAUACAUUCUAUUAUUAAUAGUAUACAUUUUAUAUUAAAAUAGUAUACAUUCCAGGCCUGUGAAUUAUUAUAACACAAAUAUAACUAUAACACUACACAUGUCCUUCUGUUUGAACGUUUAACUGAAGGAUCUAUAGCGAAGUUGUGAGGGUUAUCUUGAGAUGAUCUCGUGGCUUAGCGUCCCCGUGGCCCGGUCCUUGACUAGGUCUCCUCUUUGUUACACAU